UCGACGCGUUGGUCGGGCUUCCUCAGUUACUGUUGGACCGCACGUUGGUCUAGUCUACGCGUUGUGUUGGAUGAAUUCGGCUUCGAUAUCAAUUUUCCAGAAGUUCAGGCCGCAACGCAGCACGGUGACCUUGACCCUUAUUGGAUCGCGAGGUCGCGCGAGAAUCAGCGGAAACUGAAGAUGAUACCGGAUGCAGAAGCUGUGUGUCAGACUUCCGAAGCUGCGGUCGACAAUGGCAGCGACGUAUACGAGAAGAUUAAGGACCGGCCGGAAGAGGAAGUGGCGUCGGUGACCGCCUGGAACCGAUACCAGCGAUUGGUAGCCGCGAUGGAGUCCCGGGGUGGUGAAUUCAACCGGAAGUCCAUGAUCGAGGCGAUCUUCCGUGGCAGUGAUCUCGUCUACGUCACUCAUUGAUCGGCGGAUCGAUUAGGCGCGAGUGAGAAUUUCUCGCGCGUUCCUGUACCAAAG